AUGGUUAAAUGCACGGAAGAGGACGGUGGCCGUCGUCUGUACAGUUAUGAAUCAGAUCAGUUUCGUUUGGUUCGGGAUAAAUUGGUGAAUUAUGACAAUAAAGUAAAGCCAACCUAUGAUACUGAUAAACCAAUUACCGUUAACUUCAGUAUGGAUCUCUAUCAGCUUCUUGAACUUUCUGAAUCAGAAGUCUUCAACUGGAAACAGAAAUUUUUUUUUUCUCUGUUUCAGAGAUGGUUUGAUGAGUUUCUGUUUUGGGAUCCAGCAUCUUACAACAACAUCACUGAAGUUAGACUUCCACAUGAUGCCAUAUGGCUUCCAGAUACUACGCUAUAUAAUUCACUGGUUAUGAAAGAUGAAGAUCAACGUCGAUUGUUGAACGCUAAAUUGGUAACACGUCUGGAUCUGAAUGCUACAUAUAUUGAAAUGUUGUAUCCAGCAAUCUUCAAAUUUUCAUGUCUCCUAAAUCUGAAAUAUUUUCCUUAUGACGUUCAGCGAUGUCGAAUGAUAUUCUCAAGUUGGACUUAUGAUAAAGCUGGAAUUGAUUAUUUUCCACAUGAAAAUAUGAAAACUAUUGGCAACAAAAGUUUUAUUGAAAACGAAGGUUGGGGACUUCUAAAAACUCUUGUUCAGCGAGUUGAGAAGCAGUUUACGUGUUGUCCAGUAAACUAUACACUUCUGUAUUUUGAUCUAUUUUUGCGCAGAAAACCUCUGUUUUAUUUGAUCAAUCUGAUAAUCCCGACCAGUAUCAUCACGCUGAUUGCCUUAGUUGGAUUCUUCACAACAUCGUCAGCAAGCGGCAUGAGAGAGGAAAAGGUUUCUUUGGGAAUAACAACAUUGCUGUCGAUGUCAAUUUUGAUGCUUAUGGUAUCUGAUCAGAUGCCAACCACUUCGACAUUUAUACCACUAAUUGGUUGGUUUAUUUUGGGUAUGAUAAUUAUUAUAUCGCUUGGAACCUUGGCUUCGACAAUUGUAAUUGCUGUGCAAAAACGGGGUCGCAUGGGGAUCCGUUUAAGCCUUCAUGCACAGAAGCUUACAAAAUUUUUUUCUUAUUUGUCGUUAACUCCAAUAUGUUGGCUCCAGAUACUGAAGACAAAAGUCAAUUAUCAGUUUAAAAAAUAUAUAUUUUUUAAAGAACAACUUGUAAGGAAACUGCUUUUAAUUCUGGUCAAUCAUGUAUUAUUUUCAGCAAAUCUUAAACAGACACGAAAAUACGCUGAAGCAGAAUACGAAUGGCUGGCAACUGUGUUGGAACACUGUUUUUUUGCCUUAUUUGUUAUCAUUUUUCUGAUCAUCGCAGUCGGUAUCAACGCUUUAGGCUAUUACAGUUGGAAGAUUGCUGAAAUAAAGCUUGCUGAUAAUCCAGACUGUAAGAUAUUUUUUUAA